CAAGUAAGAGAAAAUUUGCCUCGAAGCACGCAUUUUCCAUCUGGUUCGUGAUAUCUUUCGCCAGCGGUCUGCCAAACCUCGGUUCAUAUAUAAACGAGCCCAAACACAGUCUCUACAGUACAGCUCCACUCGUGAAGCAUCUAGCAAGGUACAGCAAAAUGAACUUCUUCAUCCUUUCGGCAGUUCUUCUGGUGGCCAUCAUUGGCUCCAUCCAGGCUGACCAUAAUCCGCUUCCGCACUAUUUCAUGCGGAAGGGAUUCCCCGAGGCUCAGGCCGAGUGUGCUGUCUACCUGCGGGUGCCGCAGGAGCGUCUCCAACGGUACAUGCGUGAAGGAUACCCCGACGAGCCGGAAGUGCACUGUCUGGUACUGUGCGUCCUGGAGAACCUGCGCGCCUGGGAGAACGGUACGCUGCAGGAACAUGUGCUCGUCAACUACUUCGUCCCGGCCGCGGAAGACUGCGACAAUGUCAAGCGCACGGAGCGGUGCCUGGUAAAUCUGCCCCAGGAGUGCAACGGUGAGCCAUGCGUGCAGGCCUACCGCGCCUUCCAGUGCUACUACCAGAACUACGGUACGCUGACCAACUGCCCGGAAUACGUCCCAAGCUACUACGGCGAGGACCUGCAAGAGGUGUUCGAUCUGUUCCUGAUGCUCGACACCUCGGAAGAUACCCGUAAGAAGCUGGCUGGUGGCUGUUUCCCGAGCGGUCCCGAAUCGCAGUGCUUCUUCUACGCUUACCUGCUCCGCUACGGUGCCUGGGAGAAGGAUGAGCCACUCCUGCACAACCUGUACACCCAGACCAACGAGGACGCCUUCAAGAAGGAUAACGCCGAGACUCAGGCCUGUUUGACGAACCUGAACAAGCUGGCUUGUAACAAGAGCAAGUGUGAGCACGCCACUGACGUGUUCGUUCAGUGCUUCGGCCAUACUAACCUGUACAAGCAUUUGCUUGCUGUGUUCAAGGAUGGUGCACAGAAGUUCACCAAGCACUAAGAAUUGGCCCCACCGAAUAAUUUGUUCUAUCACACAACAGAAUCAAU